AUGGACGUGUACGAUCGAAUCCACGCUAGAGAACCUGUAAAGGAUGUGUUGCAAUAUAUAUCUGAUAAUAACGUUGAGCUUGAGCCUACACAGUUCUUGAAUCAGCUAGAGGUUGUUCAAGAACGGAAUAGUUACUAUGCCAAGCAAUUUUUGAAACUGCUGAUACCAUACCUAGAGAAGAUAGGAUCCGAGUUAUCAGAGACUGUUUAUGAGCCAUAUAUUAACUUAUUAGCUGUGAAUGCGCCGGAUCCACAGAGUAGUGACAUUAUACAGUAUAGAUUUGGUAGUUACAAACUCUUGAUCAAAGAGACACCAUCGUUGAUUUGCGCACAGGGCACAACCGGGUUCAGAACCUGGGAAGCCGCCUUGUUUCUAUGCCACUUCAUGACUCAGAACCCACAUUUAUUUGCUACUGAUGAUGGUGGAAGCUCAAUGCUAGAGCUUGGAUGCGGUACUGGUAUUAUAUCUAUUUUGUAUACGUUGAUGCAGAAGGAGAAGGAGAAGGAGAACAAGGGCUCAUUGGAAAACCACAUAUUCGUCACCGACGGCGAUUCCAGUCUUUUACAACAGGUGAAGGAUAACUUCCUGUUAAAUGACAUCACUGCGGUUCCAGAAUUGCGGUUCCAAAGGCUACGGUGGAACGAGGACGAGCUAUUACAAGCCGAGCGUGACAAAAAGGUUGGCUUGAUCUUGGGAGCGGAUAUUACCUACGAUACGAGCGUCAUUCCAGACCUUGUUGGAUGUUUAAAGCAGUUCGCCGGAGCCGAUGCUUACAUAUCGUGUACGGAGAGAAAUAUGGCGACACUGGAAGCGUUUGAAAACGAAUUGACCCGCAACUGUCUCGAUUUCGAAAUUGUUGCAACUAUUUCACCGGAAUCGUUCAAACAGAUUUCCGUAAGAAAUAUCACUACGAGUAUUAGAAUUUACAGGGUACGUACCUAG